AUGGCGUCCCUGCUCACAGACCCGCUGUUUGAUAUCUCCGGACGGGGUCCCGCACCCAACAAGAACUUUUAUCAUUUCUCUGUCACCAAGUCAGACGUGAUCUGGAGAUGGUGGAAGAUAUCUGCCAGGACCGUGGAUCGCUACUCCAGGCCCGGGGAGCUGAGGGAGUCUCACCAGGACUUCCUGGAUGAUACUUGGCUGCAUAGUGAGGUCAGGAUGGUUUUUGGCCGUGGAGUCUUGCAGUAUGCCGAAGCUUUGUGCCAAGGACAUUGUGAUUAUCUGGAGCGCCUCCCUGAUUCCUUGCUUCUCCGGAUAAUAAAUUAUCUGGAGCUUGAGGAUGUGGGUCAGCUUGGACGAACAUCACGCAGGUUCAAGCGGCUAUGUGGGUCGGAGGAGUUUUGGGAGCAGGCUGUGCGUCGGCGCUGCUACACGGUUUCGGCUGACGCUGCAUCUCUGGCGCUAGAGGUGGGCUGGCGCAGCAUCUUCUUCACCAGCAAGCUACCUGCAGAAGUUGAUCAUCCGCAGGAGGCUGAGAACCGAGGAGCAACAGGAAGGACGUGUUUCUGA